AUGGCAGCCCUGGCGCUGAUGGAUGGGGCUCAGGGCUGUGUGACCUUCGAGGAUGUGUUCGUGUACUUCUCCCGGGAGGAGUGGGAGCUCCUUGAGGAAGCUCAGAGACUCCUGUACCGUGAUGUGAUGCUGGAGAACUUUGCACUUGUGGCCUCACUGGGUUGUUGGCGUGAAACAGAUAAUGAGGAGACUCCUUCUGAGCAGAGCAUUUCUAUAGGAUUGUCGCAGCUCAGGACUCCCGAGUCAGGUGCAUUUAUCCAGAAAGCCCACCCAUGUGAGGUGUGUGACCCGCUCUUAAAAGACAUUUUGCACUUGGCUGAACACCAGGGAUCACACCCCUUGCAGAAACUGUACACACGUGGCCCAUGUGGGAGAGGAUUCUUGAUCAGUGCAAACUUUUACCAGCACCAAAAGCGUUAUAGUGGAGAGGAUCUCUUCAGCGGGGGUGUUAGUGGGGCCUCAUAUAUGAAGAGCUGUGCAGUCCACAUGUUAGGGAGACCCUUUACUUGCAGGGAGGAAGGGAUGGACUUGCUGGACAGGUCUGGCCUCUUCUUUUGCCAGACCACUGGCAAUGGGAUGAUUCCAUACGAAAGGACUGAGUUCAUGGAAUCUUUCCCACACAGCGCCAGUCUUGGCCAACACCAGGGAGACCAUGAUGGACUGGUGCUUUUCAAUUGCACUGACAAUGGGAAGGGCUUCCUGAAUACCUUUACUCUCCUUGGCAACCGGGUGAAUGAUACUGAAGUAAGACCUUUUAGAUUCCCACCUUGUGGAAGUAUGUCCAAGGAGAGAUCAGCACUUACUAAUCACAGAAAAGUUCACAGUGGAGAAAUAUCACAUGUGUGUAAAGAGUGUGGAAAGGCCUUCAUUCAUUUGUCUCACCUAAAAAUGCACCAGAAAUUUCACACUGGAAAAAGACAUUACACAUGUAGUGAAUGCGGGAAGGCCUUCAGCCGCAAAGACACACUUGUUCAACACCAGAGAGUUCACACUGGGGAAAGAUCUUAUGACUGCAGUGAGUGUGGAAAAGCCUACAGCAGAAGUUCCCACCUUGUUCAACACCAGAGAAUUCACACUGGCGAAAGGCCUUAUAAGUGCAGUGAAUGUGGAAAAGCCUUCAGCCGCAAAGACACUCUUGUGCAGCACCAGAGGUUUCAUACUGGAGAAAGGCCUUACGAGUGCAGUGAAUGUGGGAAAUUCUUUAGCCAAAGCUCCCACCUUAUUGAGCACUGGAGAAUUCACACUGGGGCAAGGCCUUAUGAAUGCAUUGAAUGUGGAAAGUUUUUUAGCCAUAACUCGAGCCUCAUUAAACAUCGGAGAGUUCACACAGGAGCAAGGUCUUAUGUGUGCAGCAAAUGUGGGAAAGCUUUCAGCUGCAAAGACACACUUGUUCAGCACCAGAUAAUUCACACUGGAGCAAGGCCUUACGAGUGCAGCGAAUGUGGGAAAGCCUUUAGUCGUAAAGACACACUUGUGCAGCACCAGAAAAUCCACACUGGAGAAAGGCCUUAUGAGUGUGGUGAAUGUGGAAAAUUUUUUAGCCAUAGCUCCAACCUUAUUGUACACCAGAGAAUUCACACUGGAGCGAAGCCUUAUGAGUGCAGUGAAUGUGGAAAAUGCUUCAGCCACAAUUCCAGCCUCAUUCUACACCAGAGAGUUCACACCGGAGCAAGGCCUUACGUGUGCAGUGAAUGUGGAAAAGCCUACAUUAGUAGCUCCCACCUUGUUCAACACAAGAAAGUUCACACUGGAGCAAGACCUUAUGAAUGUCGUGAAUGUGGGAAAUUCUUUAGCCGAAACUCUAGCCUCAUUCUACAUCAGCGGGUUCACACUGGAGAAAAGCCUUACGUGUGCAGUGAAUGUGGGAAAGCCUACAGUAGAAGUUCCCAUCUUGUUCGGCACCAGAAAGUUCACACUGGAGAAAAGCCUCAUGAAUGCAAUAGUUUUGAUGAUCCUUUAGCUACAUCUCUUAAACUUGUUUAG